GUCACAUGGAAGCCUUGCUGCUGCUUCUUCUGGAGCUCACUUUCCUGUUCCCGCUGGCGCAGCAGCUGCUGGCGUGACUGCAAACUUGGACGACGGUGCGAACGAAAUCAUCACAGAUCUAUCGGACAUUUUUAGCGGGGACAGAAAGGCAGAGGCGACUACGGUUGGUAUUGACGAAAGAGGAGAUGAUGCGGGUAAAGCAAAUAGCUCGGAAUCCAACCUUCCGGUUGCCUCUCCAUCUUCCGAGAUGUCCUUCUCCUCUGAUUCCUCUUCGAAGACCGACACGGCCACCCCACCACCAGGCUUCUACUCUCAGAGCUGGAUGCGCGGUGGGGAUGCUCACGUUGGAGAAGAAGGCGUUGACUUUUCUGCUGUGCGCUCUCCAAUGAUGGGCAAUGAGCAACAAUUUAGUGAGGAAGCACAGCAAAAAGCAGCGGCGCGUAUGGAAACAGUUUUCGGUAGCGAUUCUCGAUGUAAUGACGGUUGGGUCUACAAAAAACGGCAUCCAAAUCUAGUGGAUAUGAUCGUGGAAUCUGCAGAGAAAUGCUCCAAAAGAGAGGAAGGUGAUCAUGUUGGAAGUUCUCCAGUAGAAGAAGAUGAAACGUUUGUACCUGCUGACAAAGAGCAAGAGGGUGGACCUUGUAUACCGUAUUUACCCUUACAAUAUCCAAGUGUGGUUCUACAAGAUCCUGAGACGAAGGAGGACUACAUAGCGGAUAAGCUGUGGGUGAGUUGGAGCGAUUUGAGACGGAAACUGUGGGAGGUUGAGCGCGAAGUGCGGUCGAGCGUGCUCAAAGAGUACGGGCUAGUCAGGGAAUUUAUGCAGGAGGCAGAGGUGGCAGACGACAUCGUAACUGGCGAGCAAGACGAAUCUAAGCUGCAAAUUGUCGAUAGAUCAAAAUUGCCGACCGCGCCAAAGCGGGCGGAAGUUCCUGCAGUGGUUGUGACUGCGACGCCACAUUUGGAGUACUACGAAGCGCAAUGGCGUGAAACACCUUCCUCACUAAUAACCGUCAGCGUUCCGCGUGGGACCCGCGCUCAGCAUAGGAGAGCCAGAAUGGCUUCGCUUGAGGCAAGAGGACGGAAGGCACAACCCCAAGACACGACUGCUCUAGACCAGAAAUACGAAGAGGCUUUUGAUGCCACUUCGUCACCUGCAAAAAAGCUGCACAAAAGCAUCGUCUCGACAAUGUCAACACGUCGUGAAGAAGCAGCACUGGACAAGCUGGAGGGCGUGAUCGUGCAACGACAAAAAGCGGUGGUUUCCCGGUUUCUCUUUGAUGCCUUGCGUGUUGUCGAGUUGGAAGAGCUGAUCACAAACUAUUGGGAUCAGUGCAUGUUGGGCGUUAUCACUAUCUUGCACGUUUCUGUCGAUUACCGAUUAGAAACGGACACUGACUACGGGGCGCUGGCGUAUCUCUGGCGCGUUUUGGAUACCGGACUGACGACGACACAUGCUGAUAUCGUGGAUACAAGGAAUGUGGCAGAGGUCGACGAUGUCGUGAGAUUUCAUAUAAACGAUGCAGGGUUCUUACCUGCGGACGCACAUGGGGAAGCGGCCUCAUCCCCUGCAAUGGCUGACAUUCGGAACCGGUUCUUGGCGACAGUCACGAGAACUCGGGAGUACGAUGAAGUUGAGUCUGGUGAAAAAUCCGGGAGUCCUGACUCCACAGAACCAGAAGGUGUUGAUCCUGCUUCUGCAGCGGAAGCAGAAAAUAAAGCUGGUCCAUCUUUUGACUAUGUGUCGUUUUUCCGGUGGCUUUGGUCUCAACAUCGGGGCGCGGGCGAUGAGUCUGAAAGUUCGAUACCAGGAAAACCCGAAACAGAGUUGCUGCAGAAAGUCAGAGCCUCUCUCAAAAGGGAAGUUAUAUUUCGCUUCGCGGACACACGCGGGCGAGUCAGCUUGUACGACGACACGAGGCUGGGACAGCCUACACACUGGGAAAGAGUCAUAGCAGUGCUUGGCCUGUGCGAAGGAGGUGCGGGAGGGUAUAGAGAAGCGUGUGCAGCUGUGAGUAAAUUGUUGCCACGAGGAGGAUCGGGUCUUUCCGGCGAAGCUGCGAUUCUCCAAGACGAAGAACACAGCUCUGAAAAGGACAACAACACUAUCAACGACAUUGAGCACUACCUCGACCAGGUGGAAGGCGAGUACUUGUGGUGGCCUGUGUCCGCGCGCCGCAUAUACCGAAGCUAUCGCCGAACAUUGCUACUGACAGCAACGAGUCCACCUGAGGACCAAUUUGGUAGGAAUGCCUUUCACCAAGUCCCGGAGGACACGUCGCUUGCCAGGGUCACUGCCUAUCUUGCGCACAAGGACGACAAAGGGGAUGAGGACGAUGAGUCUAUUCCACAACCGGUGGCAGAAGUGGAUCCGCUUGCCUUGGAAAAACGAAGUAAGACCUUGGACGACAGUAGUUCGCAUCUUGCUCGAAAGCAGGCGUUUCGUGUUUACGUUUACGAUGUUGACGACCCACGCUAUUACCCGGAACUCCCUCUGCUGAACCGCGGUGCGCACUAUUGUCGGGACGUACAGCGCGGUUUUGAUGUGCAGUUGCAUCACUACUUUCUUAGCUGCCACUGUCGAACGCUUGAUCCACGUAAAGCUGAUUUUUUCUUCGUCCCACAGCUCGCUGGAUGCCACUUCAAUCUCGGAACCUUCAACUACACCGUGUCGGACCAGCUCUUUCGGCAGUUGAUUCCAAAAUUGGAAUUUUUUCCCAGAAAUACCGGCCGAGACCACAUCUUCGUCUGGAGCGGUGGUGAAGGCGCAGACGGACCGAUGCGGAGCUGGCGUGACUACAUUGAUGAAAGCAUUUUCAUCAUGUUAUGCAGGGCCAUGAGAUCGUCUUUUCAGUCAGUAGUGUAUAUGACAGUUGUUGACGAGUGUGACAUCAACUGAGUGUCCCUAACAUACAACGAAAAAGUUCAUCCGUCUUCGUCAACUGCGUCUAAUUUUGAAUGAGCCUGAGAUGUGGAACUACUUCGAGGAUUGGCAGAAGGAAGGUAGCUUCAAUUUUGCUAAGGACAUCUUGGUGCCUCCGCAGGUCAGCGUUCGAGAGCUUGAAGUGCAGCUGGAGAUGAACGAACCGGUCAGGGAUCGUGCUUACACGGCGGACUUUAUUGGCUGGAACCGCAAACUUCAUAAAGCCAUUGCUAGCAACCAUGAAGGACCAAGAGGAACGCUGUUGCGAUGGAUGCGGGAAGACCGUCAGCGCUACGAUAAAACCUCAAAAGUGUGGCACGGGGACCUGCAUAUCGCACAAGACGUGCCAUUUACAGAGGGCUUGUACGGACAGGCGGCGAGCCUGUUCUGUCUCAUACCAAGAGGUAGUUGGGACCAUGAUGAUGGUUUGUAAACGCGGUGUGUAAACUAGUCGUGUAAAUGCAGCUCGUGAACUUUAUACUUUUGUAUUUGUUCUUAAGAAUAUUGACCAUGACAGAAACUAGUCAAAGCACACCCGCACGUAUCACAGGUAUCAGCGGUUACACUUCGCGCUUUAUUCGUGCACUGUGGGCGGGUUGUGUGCCAGUGAUCCUUUCCGACCUGUAUGAGGUUCCUUUUGGCCACCUCUUUCCCGAAGCGCGUGUUUACCCUUGGUUCGUCAAGUGGCCUAUGCGGGCGAUGGAAGGGAAGCCGUUAGCGCGUCGUGACAUCUAUCGCAGCUCAGACGACGCAGGCCCGAUUCUAAGUGUUUUGGCAACAGCGGAAACAACAGCAAGUGUGGAAUCGACAGCACUUUCUCGAGAUCAAUACGAAACACUACAACUACAGCCACGAGCCAGGACUUUUUCACUGGGCACCGUCAGAAACGAGGAUCUAGAGGGGAUAGAUAGUUCUAUCGCCGAGGACAUUAUGCUCAUGAACGCGAAUGGUAACGAAGACCUGAAUGACAAGAUGAAGCACCUCUCCCUUGUUGGCUACCUUCGGUCAUUCACAACGUCAGACAUGUUCACGCGCUAUCGCAAGAACGCCGAGCGCAUACGCUGUAACUACAUGUACUGGCCAUCAGUACUAGAUACCGGCUACGAACCCGGUACAAUUUUUCGUUACCUGUGCGGACCGCGGUGGCACCGAAAGUCGGCUUAUCGUGCAAUCCACAAAAUCCUCUAUGCUAAAAAGCUAACUCUCUCUACCACACCUCCAGAUACUUUCUACCUCGCACCGUAUGGCAGCGACGACGACCAACUGCUACUCGGUGAAAACUUACAGAGGGUCGUAUGGUAGCGAUUGCUUUACUUGUAGACGACAACUUUAUUAUUUCAAAAUGUAACAAUUUGCUUUUGCUUCUACAACAUCUUCUUGAUUUUACACUACCUAACGAUCAAUACGCUACAGCUACAUCUUACUUGAUUCGACGUUUUGUGUUGGUUUUUUUUACACUCAGGUUUAUCUUUAAUAUCGCAGGAGGAGGAGGUCAAUUAUAUUUAUAAUAUUAAUAGGCUAGUAGUAGUUGCAGCACUAGGCUGCUCAGUCUGUGCCACUGGUCCACUUACUGUAGUGGAUGUAAAACCUCUAGAAAUAGCUUGUCACAUAAUAAUAUAGCAGGAGGUCAAACACAAAGAAAUUCAAAGAACUUCCGAAAGUGAAACAGAAAACAAGACACACUGAGUCCAGUCUGUUGCUAUGAAGUUCCUACAGUAAUUCCAUCGACGACGCACCUCGUCCAGCAUUCUGCAACGGGAACAAUCCGCAUACUCCGAUAGAUUGCUUUUUCAC